AUGGACAUGGCUAAAGAAAGAGGAGGUUACGUGUUCGCCGUCAGCCCGGACAAGAAGACAAUCGAUGUCAACAAUUCACUUGGGAAAUUUUCCCCCCAUCCUGAAGAGUUGGAAUAUGUGAUGCUCAACGGCGCGGAACCGGGUCAAAUAAAAGGUCACAUGAAGGUGGAAAAGGGAGCCCAAUGGCAAAAAAUUGAAAUCCCAAUAGGAAAAGACGACCCACUUCCCAAAGGCUUCAAUGCUAAUCAAGGCUACGACGCCUUAUAUCAGAGAACGGGGGAUAUUAGCGCGAGGCCUGAACUAGCCGGAUUUCCACCAAACCACAAGGCGUGGAAGGAGGAUUCGUGGAAAGAUUUCAAGAAGAAGAGUUUAGAGGAGAGUGUUGAGAAUAUCCUAUCCCAAGCAUGUGGCAAGAAGUCUAAGAGAGACUUGGCCUGUUAUGCAAUUGAUAAGCCCAACGGCGGCAAGACCGAUGUGGCUCCUGAUGGUAACAAGGUCCCUACGGAGGGCAAAGGCCCUAAGUCCAAGGCUUUGACAAAUAACGACGUGGCAAAGGCAGCGGACGACUUCUCGAAAACCUACUUUGAAAAGUCACUGGACAAGUAUAAGCUUCGCCAAGUAGCAAAAAACGCCAAGCAGCCAAUAACCUUUACCAGCCUCAGGGACAAGCUCAGUACAUCAUAUAGCAAGGGAUUCCGGAAGCUCACGACGGUUACGUUCAAUCCCCGGUUCAAGGGAGGUCUAGCAUUGGAAGGGCCCCAGCUAAUCCUCUGGUCCAAGUCUAUGCUCGAAGUCUUUGCCAAGGAGUCGACGGCGCUCGAACAGGUGGCCGUCAGUACCUCCAUCAUACCGCUUGUCGGUUGCUUCACUCAGGGCGCGGCAGACGCGGAAAAGGGAAAGCCCAACUACUUCGAUACCGCCUUGUGUGCCGUCGCCGACCGGCUUACCCUCUCCCCGGCCUGGCCAUUUGGCGUGGGGCUACAUCUGCUACGUACCGUGGUCCCAGUGUCCGGCUUCCUGUUCAAUGCCGGAAAGGAAUGGGCCGAGGCGUCCGAGUGGGCGGCGUCGAUAUCGAAGCUACCGGGCGACCGGCCAGAGCACUACCAAUCGGUGUGGGCCGAGUAUCGCAGCAAAGCAUUUGAGCAGUUCAAGUCGCCUGAAGUAGCUGCCAUGAUAGACGCUCAGUUCUCGUCAGAGAUGAUUGGCGUCCUGUUCCUUGCAGCGGGAACAGCGGGCAGCAUGCGUGCAAUUUCGCUGCAGGCUUCCAUCACCAACAGCACCACCGAUGAUCAGAUAAGCAAGCUCGGUAAGGCUGGCAACGUCUUGAUGGAGGGCAAGCUUGAGACGCAGAUCUGCUUGAGCAUCUUGGACAAAAAGAAACGACUCCAACGAGACUUGGAGAAGGGCAUAUUAGACAAGUUGGAGGAGCUAUACGGCGAGUUCGACAAACAGUACUUUGAAACGGCCAAGGCUAAAUAUGCGAUUUGGUACAAAGAGUCCUACCGAACCCAGGCCGAUGAAGACCCUGGGUAUUUUAUCAAUCGAAUGCAAAGCGGCGCCGAAGAUGCAGCUCGCAUCAGCAAGGAGGUCACCGACAAGCUCACAGUGCUGGGACCGUGCCAGCGCAUCCAAGUUUGCAGCGAUGAUAGACCAAUGGCGGCGCUCUUUACCGCUGCGCUAGAAGUGACGUAA